UUGAUGAAACAAUUAAAUAGCAAUUAAUCUGAUUUGUUCCUUGAAUUCUUUCUUCUCCUGCCUAAGUUAUAGUUUGUAGGUAACAAAAUCGAUCAGAGGAAAAAUGAGUCGUCGCAUUGGUGACGAAAACAUAGUAAGUAGUGCAGCUUCAUCUCGUCGUAGAAAUGAGUCGUUGCCACAACUUCAUAGUGUUGGAAGGCCUGAAAAGCAAAGUGUAUGGAAAGAUCUUGGUCAUACCAUAAGGGAGACUUUUUUCCCUGAUGAUCCUUUAAGAGGUUUCAAGGAUCAACCGCCUUCUAAAAAGUUUGUCCUUGGUUUACGUGCUGUUUUCCCCAUUUUCGACUGGGGAAGACAAUAUAGUCUCGCCAAAUUUAAACAUGACAUUAUCGCUGGAAUUACUAUUGCAAGUCUUUGCAUACCUCAGGACAUUGCCUAUGCUAAGCUUGCUUACCUAAAACCCGAAUAUGGAUUAUAUAGUAGUUUUGUUCCACCUCUAAUCUAUGCUUUCAUGGGAAGCUCGAGAGACAUAGCUAUCGGUCCAGUUGCAGUUGUCUCUCUACUGCUGGGGACUCUCCUUAGUGCUGUGAUUGAUCCUGAUACAAACCCAGUUGAAUAUACUCAACUUGCAUUAACAGCUACAUUUUUUGCUGGCAUCACUCAGGCAACACUUGGUUUCUUCAGAUUGGGCUUCUUAGUUGACUUUCUCUCCCAUGCUGCAACGGUUGGUUUUAUGGCUGGUGCUGCCAUUACUAUUGGUCUUCAACAGCUGAAAGGCCUGCUUGGCAUUAGAAAUUUCACAAAGGAUACUGAUAUAAUCGCGGUUUUACACUCAGUUUUUAGCCAAGCCAAGCAUGGAUGGAACUGGCAGACUAUGGCUAUAGGCAUAUCAUUCUUGGUUUUCCUGUUGAUCACCAAGUACAUUGGAAAGAAAAACAAGAAACUGUUUUGGGUUCCUGCAAUGGCUCCCCUCACCUGUGUCAUCCUGUCGACUCUAAUUGUAUUUCUCACACGUGCAGAUAAGCAAGGGGUUCAGAUUGUGAAACACAUAGAUCAGGGAAUCAACCCUCCAUCUCUUCACAAGAUAUUUUUCAGUGGUCCUUUCCUUUUGAAAGGAAUCAAAAUUGGUGUCAUUGCUGGUGUAAUUGCACUUACGGAAGCUGUAGCAAUAGGCAGAACAUUUGCGGCCAUAAAAGAUUACUCCAUUGAUGGAAACAAAGAAAUGCUUGCCUUAGGAACUAUGAACAUUGUUGGCUCAAUGACAUCUUGUUAUGUAGCUACUGGAUCAUUCUCUCGGUCUGCAGUGAAUUUCAUGGCUGGUUGCCAAACAGCAGUCUCCAACAUAGUCAUGUCAAUGAUUGUUUUCUUAACUUUGAUGGUCAUCACACCUCUAUUUAAGUUCAUUCCAAAUGCCAUUCUCGCUGCCAUCAUUAUAUCUGCUGUAGUUAACCUUGUUGAUAUUCAAGCCGUAAUUCUCUUAUGGAAGAUUGACAAGUUCGACUUCAUUGCUUGUAUGGGAGCAUUCUUCGGUGUCAUUUUUAUUUCAGUUGAGAUUGGCAUUUUGAUUGCGGUCUGCAUUUCCUUUGCUAAGAUUCUGUUGCAAGUAACAAGGCCUAGGGUAGCACUACUUGGAAACCUUCCUGGAACUACAUUAUACAGGAAUAUUCAGCAGUACCCAGCAGCUUCAACCAUCCCAGGUGCUCUGAUUGUCAGAGUCGAUUCUUCAAUCUACUUUUCAAACUCAAAUUAUGUCAAGGACAGAACUCUAAGAUGGCUAACUGAUGAAGAAGAGCUAAACAAAGAAAGUAACCUCCCCAAAAUUCAACAUCUGAUUAUAGACAUGUCGCCUGUGAUUGAUAUUGACACCAGUGGCAUCCAUGCUUUGGAAGACUUAAAUAAGAGUCUGCAAAAGAGAGAGAUACUGCUUCUUUUAGCAAAUCCAGGGUGUGUUGUUAUGACAAAACUCCACGAUUCCAAGUUUGUGGAUGUUGUUGGACAAGAUAAUAUACACCUAACCGUUGGGGACGCUGUUCGAGCAUGCAAUCGAAAGAUACUAGAAGAAACAGCUUGAGACUACUCAAUUACUCAUCAGAGUAGUUUAGAUUUUGAACGUGUUUCCCCGAAGAGUGUGGUUUUGAUGUUUUUGGUUGUGAAUUUAAAUGCAUUGACGGGAAACAAUAUACGGAGUAUAUAUGUACAUAUGUAACGAUAUGUUCACUUGGAAUUAAGAUAACAUGAGGUGCAAGGUGCCUCUCCUAAUUAAUUGCCUUCAGAAAAGUAUCUGAUUACAUAAAUAAUUUUCCUCCAUGUUUAAUUUUGAGCUUCAAAUAUUUAUGUAAGUGUGACUUUUGAUCCUCCA